AUGAGCUUUGAUUGCCCAGGCAAGGGUGACGACGCUGACAUACAGACGCGAAUGAUCAUGCAGGUUUGGACUCAGGCAGUCACGGCGAAAGUUGAGCUGGCAUCGCUUACUGCAUACGAGAGCACCAUGUUCUGUGUACGGACACAGAAAUUCCCAAAUACACUUUACAUCUCACCGACAGCCUGGGUCGAUCAAUGCCCGCUCCUGAUGUGGUACUGCUGGCUUGCAGUGGCAGACUCUGUGUAUGACCACAAAGAAUUCCAGUUGCCGGAUCCCAAAACUGAUCAUUGGCCGGGCACUAUGGAAGGAUACGCAGUUGGAGGGAUCAAUAGGGCGCUUGAGUACUCGACAUUUGGCCAACACCAAGAGGCUACCAUGGAACAGCAAAGGCAACCCGAGUCCCGUGAGGCAGCCGUGUUGAUGUAUGGACCGGUGAUGCUGAUCGGGUCUCCAUCACGCAUGAGCACCUGGUCGUCUGCACGGGCACAAGCCGCAAGCAGAAGCCGUCAGUCAAAACGACGUAAGAAAUGCAGACAUGCAGUUGGAGAUGACCACAUGAUAUACGCGUCCGUAGUGGGCCCAGCGUUGCAAGACGAGGCCGCGGACCCGCUCGGCUGGCACCAUGAAUGGCAGGAAUGA